GCUCCUGACAGCGUGUACAAUCGCCGUGCGAGUUCUACUGCACUGAAGGAGGAGGAUGUGCAAGAGCCACCUUCACAUCCCAAAGGUGGCAAGGCAGUCUUGAAGAAAUUGCGGCUGCAGUUGGCAGCACAGGAAGGCAAGAUGAGGCAGACGGAGGCGGCAUCGGCUGAGCGGCGCGAAGCCAUGCGUCGUGAGACGCAGCUAUUGGCAGACAGUCUUCGAGAAGUUGGGCUGCGAUGUCACAUGCUGCUAGGGAAGCACAAGAUGCUUCUCGACGACAGGAAGCGGCUAGAGGCAGAGGCGUGA